GACAAACACCAACCGUCUGGGGGAGAAGGUCUCCGUCAUACAAGGGCGAAAUAACUGUCCAAAUAACCUCCAUUGUUUUCGAAGAAACGACGGAAACCUCGUCACGCGGGAGAGACCACGGACCUGUCUGCGCUGCUUGAGUAAACAUUACUUAUGUUUCAUUGGUAAACGGGAGCUGUGGCUGUGGAGCGACGGUCUUAACGACGACUUGUUGCGGGGACGGAGAUGCGGCGGCGACGGCGGCGGGCGGUGCAGAAACUGGUGGAUGCUGAGCAGCGUAGUGGAGAGAAGUAGUCUCCAUCACCAACCAUCCUUCCUCCCACAGCAGCUAUAUGAGUCAACAUGGCCGCGGAGCAGCUCGACCUGCUCAUCCUCUGAGUCGUAGAGCAAAGCAAUACUUGGGUAAAGAAAAACACACGGUUCGUUUUAUACAUGCUCAGAAGGGCAUUUUAAUUUGAAGACAUGGGGGAAAACGAGACAAAGAAAGUUUUCGGCUCCAUAGCCACAGCAUAAAUGGCGUUCAUGUCCCGCUUCUCUCGGUCUCGGAGCAGCUCCAGGUCUCCGAGUCGAAAGGAGGCUGAGCGUGACUCCCCGACACUGACGGUGUCCGAGCUGGAGAGGCUGCUGUAUACGGGCAAAACGGCCUGCAACCAUGCGGACGAAGUGUGGCCCAGACUCUACAUUGGAGACCAAAACAUUGCCUCUGACCGCCGUGAGCUGGCCAGACUCGGUAUCACACACAUUCUGAACUGCGCGCAGAGCAAGUGGCGAGGCGGAGCCGAGUAUUACGCGGGAAUGAACAUCACCUACCACGGGAUCGAGGCUCACGACUCCCCGACCUUUGACAUGAGCGUCAACUUCUACCCGGCUGCCGAGUUUAUCCACAAAGCCCUCUCGAGUGGAGGUAAGGUGCUGGUCCACUGCACGGUGGGAGUAAGUCGCUCAGCCACUCUGGUGCUGGCCUACCUGAUGAUCAGACAGAACCUGACGCUGGUGGAGGCCAUCAGAACAGUCAAAGACCACCGAGGCGUCAUCCCCAACCGAGGUUUCCUCCGCCAACUCAAUGGACUGGACGGCAUCCUGAGAGAAAGCCGGAAGACAUCGCCGCAGAGCUGAAAACCCUCCCACACACACACAGCCACACACAUAAGCCAAGGUAGCAGCCAGACACACGAAACAGAGACAAAGUCAGAGCAACACGUGACUUUCUGACGCUGGAGGCUCUGAGUGGCAAAAGGGGACUGAAUGUCACUUUCCUGAGCUAACGGUAAUUUCGUUUCUUUUUAUCUGGCCAGUUCUUUCACAUGUACUGCUGGCGGUGCCCAUCAAGGUCACACUCUCCAGGGAAGGUCCAAGUUUCAUCAGAUUGAUUAGUGGAGGCAAUGACAGCCUCACACUGUCCUUUAAAGCAUUCACACAUUCAUUUAACGUGUCAUAUUUUUACUGAAGGACAAAUCAGGGAAACAGCAGAGGGUGCCACUUUCAGGUCAUGUAACUGGAGAAUGCAACAAUUGAUGCGUUUCCAUCCUUCAGACUUUCCAUUUGGGAUUUAGCAGUAUUGACAUUUUAAAGAUAAAAAGUUACUGAUUUGAUGGAAAAAUUGGUAAACAAGCAUUGAUAGAACGUCACUCUGUGGCAUGUAGGUUGGAGAGGUUUUAAAAGCACAACUCAAGUUCCAAAAAUACACAAGACAAAAAUCAAACCCACACUGAAAACAAAGAAGUCGAUCCAGCAGAGUUUAUUGUACUGCGAUUGCCUUUGUACAGGAAGUCUUGGUAAAAUCCCAACUAGUUUCUGAAGAAACCAAAAUCUACUUCCUUUUUGGUUGACCCUCGACGUUAAACUUCUCACAUUCCAGAGUACACAGGUGGCUUAUACUUACUCACUUUACCAGUUUAUUCCAGUUUACUCAAUUCUAAAUACCAACCUACCCAAUUAAUGAUUUCAUACACAUUCGUCUAUGCCAUGGCUUCUGCUGCUAUGUUUUCGUCUGUCAAGAACAGCUAAAUGCUGGGCGUGAUGUAUGCUGAAGCAAGAGGAGUGUUGCUAGGUGGUCUGCGGCGUGUAUGAACCAGUGUGUUCGAAUACUCACGGCCCACAAUCAAGUGACCAGGUAUCAACUGUUUGACUUCGAAGGAAUUAUGGAAAAACCUUCAGGAAGCUGUAGCUGUAGAACAGAGAAGGCUUCCGCACUAUUCCCAGAGGCAAUUUUUGAGGACUUGGCUCUAGUACAUCAUUCCAGGGAUUCUACUAAGGGUGUUCUGAUUCUUUAUAAUGUUAGCCUCGGAUAUAGGUAGAAGGGAUCAGAAGUCAGUCUGAUCAGUUUCCUUUGCAUCAAGAAGAGUGGAAACGUUCUCGACUGUUUUUCAGGGGUAGACUCUGAAGGCUCUCAGGGGAUGACGUAUCUCUUCUGUCUUCCCAGCCAUGGAGAAUUUCAGAUUCUUCUAAGGGAACUGAAAAACAUAGCUGGAUGUUUGGAAUGUCUGAUUUAGCCUAUGAACAUAGUAAGAAGGAUCCUGUGCAUUUAAGCCUGGAGAUCAAAACUAGGGAGAGUGGAAUGCACAACUCCAAAUUGCACAGAUGUGCUGCAGUCUGACCACAGGAUGCAGGUUUCUGCCAGAGAAAGUCCCUGGUAUCUAUGUUCAGGUAUUACCAGGUUGAGAGUUGGGUCUGGUUCAGCUGCUGAGUCGACGUAGCAACAAUUUAUGCGUUCACUUGGCGCUCUAGGACAUCACCACCUUUCCUGGAAACCUAAUCAGUUCAACUCAAAUGUAAGGUGCAAGACAACAUGUUUGAGCAUGCUCCCCCUCAACGCUACCUUGCCCCACUCUGCCUCGCUUAAACAAAAACGGGUUUGGAAGCAGUGCACUGCACCCGCUGCUUAACCCCGUAACUGUCAUGAUGACACCGGUAUCCUCAUGGACCCACUGACUUACAUGUAAGCAUUUUGAGGGCGACAAAGAAACAGUACACACCAUCAUGAUUUGUUCUUUUCCUCUUCUUGCACUAUGUUCCAGAACCGUGUGAAGGCACAGUUCCAGCUUUACAUUCUCCUGCCCACAUUGACAGGAAAAGUGAUGUUCUGUUGAUACCAAUCUCCAAUUCUACAACCAGAUGACUCUAAACUUGUACACUGAAUUUAUAGGCAUUGUUUUUACUACUCAGAUGAUUCCGUUUUAUAAGUGCCCUGGCCUGAGCUAUUGAGUCAUGCAGCAGUUGUAAUAUGGAUCUAAACCAGCAACGCUUUGUAGCCGUUAGGUAUUCAAAAUAACAACAGAGCUUUUUUCGGUGUGAAUAGAGUUCAGUUUUUGGUUUACUGUGGAAUACUUUAACAGGCACGGCCUUUCAUCUAUGUCCAUUAGCACUAGGAUUGCGCUGAAUUAAAAACUGUCCAGUCUAGUGUGUGUUUAAGUGUUACAUUGACUGGAAGGUCUCUUGGAUUUUGUCACAAAAUAAUACCAGAUAUGUGCCACUGCAAAAGCUACUAACUGCCUGGCUGACAGGAAGUGUUGGGUGUUCAGAGCCCUGUCGUACCCAGUGCUCUCUGUGACUGAUGCUAAGUGAGCCUUGUGCUUCCUAAAAACAUUCUCAGUAUUAGCUAGCUUAUUAAAAGUCCUCUUUAGUGUUGUUGUUAAAUACCUCAACUAUAGUGUUUCUAAUAUACUUUCUGGAGUUGUUCUGUGCUAUUGUAUCGGCAAGACGAAGUUUGGGUGAGAAGACAGACGGUUCGUCUCGUUGCUGAAAAGGUACAUAUUGGAUAUGAACGUUUGGAUUUGUAAAGUCUAGAAUACAGAUCUCAGCUAAUUUAGAAAUAUAAUUUUAGAGAGGCUGCUUCCCCAGAAAAGCUUAUCCUGCUCUCAUUGGUUAUCUGCAGUAGCAUGGACAGACCCCGCCCAUAUUUCCAUAUUGACCCUUUGCAUGUGACUUCACACUCUUCAGAAAGUAGCCCACAUGGCCAUGACGGACGUCCAAGCCACCUAUGCGCAUGUUAACUCUUGCAAAACUCGUCAAAAAAACGGAGAGUUGGUAGUCUAAUGUUGUCAUAGGGUGCUGCACAGACGAGGAUUCGAAAGAUGAUGGUGAUGCAUAGCAGCAACUCGAACAAGUAGAAGGCAUGGCUAAACUGGCAAAAAUAACUUGGGAAAGCAAUCGCAGUCGUCUGUUCAAUACUCAGAUCCCUCACUUCCGACGUCCGUCAUGGUACCUCAGUGUGAUUAGAUGACAGAGUUGCAAAGGGUCAAAAAGGUUUGUUAGAACUUAAAACUCCUGACAGUGUUUCAAUAGAGAAAAGACUAAACUUGCUCUAAUUGGUGGUAACUUGUAGCUGUAUAGAAGUCUUAUAGAGGUCAACACAUACAGUAGAUAGAUGAGCUUUUUCACUGAACCUUUAAGGAUUUGGUUUGAAACCAUGUAAAGUUGCCUUCCCUCCAAACACUGGUCUCCCAUAGAGAUCAUUAUUCCAGGUCAGUCAUUGCCAGACCUUUGGGCUAUAAAGGGGUCUUGUCCAGAUUUACUCUUAACAAAGAUGUUAAAAGUCAGGCAUUACCAACUGCCUUCAUCAACCCUGGCCCAAACUUUUACUUUCAGGAAACUUCCAUGUUUGGACAGAAGUCUGAAUGUCUUAAUCAGAAUUCAAGGUUCCAUUUUGACUCUUUAAGCAGUGGGAGCUUUUGAUUUAAAAAUGUGAAGCAGCGGACAUGGAAAUAUAUUUGAAUGUCUGUGUUGUCCAAAUUUCCUGAUUCUUGUCCACAAUACAAGAACAUAAUAGUCCCUGGAGACCAUAACCACAAUGCAGCUUUUGGUCGAGAUUUAUAAAGGGAC